AUGAGCACGGAAGCUUGCUGCAUUUGCCUCGAGCAUUUUCCACAGGGGCAAGGCAUCCAAUGCUCGGAAGAAGAGCCACACUUCCUUUGCAAGGGCUGCCUCCAGCGAUACGUCCAAAGCCAUGCCGAGACCGAACUGCGCUUGCAGAGAAGAACUGCUGGGCGCAUUGUUUGCCCAAGUCCCUCAUGCUCCCGGGUCUUCUCGCAUCACUCUCUGGCGCUGCACCUGUCGAAUGCCGGCUUUGAAAAGUACUUGAAUGCCAUGUUCAAGGUCGUUGAGACAGAGGCUUUGGCCACAGCCCACGCGCCUGACCCAAGUGCAGAUUGGCUGGAGCUAAUGCGCCGGAGGGUAGUUGAGGACAUCCUCACCUUGAAGUGCCAAGCCUGUGGGCAAGCCUUCAUCGACUUCGAGGGUUGCUUUGCGCUGACAUGCAGCAGGUGUAAAUCUGGAAUGUGUGGCUGGUGCGGCAAAAGUUUCAGGAACCUUGACCUAGCGCACGACCAUGUGAGGCAAUGCCUCUUUGCGCCUCGAAAGCACGACCUGUACGGCUCACAGGAGGAGUUCGCAAGGGCCACGCGCGAGAGGCGAAUGAGGCGUCUUGAGAGUUUCCUCACAUCUUUGGAGCGAAGCUCUCGCCAGCGCUUGCUUCACGCCUUGUUAAAGGAGCUGGCGGAUUUGGGCGACACUGCGGCAGCCAAAGAUCUCUCGCGUCCCCAAUCUCGCAGGCCAAUCCUGUGGCCGUGGCUUGUGGUUGCACUGCUUAUUUGUGUGCUGGCGAGGGCCCGCAGGCAGAACAACCCCACCUUGAUAGAGAUUCUGGCCGAAGCCGACCAAGCCUCGCAAUCCUUUCUGGCGACUGCAAAGUCUUGCUGUCUCGAGUAUCUUGCCAAGAUUGCGUCUGACGUUGGGGAUAUCGCCCUAGAUAUGAGGGAUGCUUGGGUGCAGAAUUCUGCGCCUCGGUCGUCAGCUUCUUGGGAGCGAGUGAUGGAUAAUAUCCUCCUCACCCCACAGCUGAUGGUGAACGCCCUGGCACUUCUGACGUUAUUGCUGGUAGCUUUUGCGCUGGGGGUGCCUGUGGCAGUGCUGGCUGUUCUGCUCAAGUUGGAUGUGGUGCAGCGAUUCCUAGCGUGGUGUUACUUGCGUGGUGGGAGGUGGCUGCGCUUUUUCCGCCUGCUGCCUGACGAUGAUAACUUCAAAAGGCUCAUUGAGCGGCGCAGGCAGCUGACUCGAAAAGCUGCAGUCCUGGGUCAUUUGAAGAGCAUGCAGGUUACGGACGCAACGCCACUAGCAUUUACGUCGUUUCGCUCCCAAGCAAUCCAAAUCGCAGGUAUAGAAGCCCAUAGCGGUUGGCACAUUGUGGGCCUUGCAGCCAUGGCAGCAGGUCUUGCUGCCAUCCUUAUUGCCAGACACUGCAAGGCCGUCAAGGCUUUCCUGGUGAGGCAAAAUGUACAGUGA